UAGACUGGAGAGGUCAGUGGUAAACACCAUGAGAACAGUAAUUUUAUGUGAAAGAUGGCGGAGUUUCAUCCAUGUCAUGGAAGUCUGGUAUUUUUAAGCAACGAGAACCGUAGCGCUAGGAGGCGAAGCUCAGCCGCUGAAUUUAACAAUGGCCUGAUAUUCAGCAAGAACCCACUGAGAGACAAUGAACUAUUCGAGGUACGGCUGGACCGUAAAAUCGGCAACUGGUCUGGGUCUUGGGCUAUUGGUGUGACAACAGGCGAUCCCAGCCUUAUGGAAAUUCCCUCCAGCUCAACGGGCCUCAAAAAUGGCUCAUGGAUCAUGUCUGGGAUGUCCAUUCUGAAGGAUGGAUCUUCUUUUGUGGAGGAGUAUGGUCAAGAUCUUGAUGAACUUAAGGAAGGCGAUAGAGUUGGUGUUGAAAGGAAGGCUCACGGAAGCCUACAUUUCUUUGUCAAUGGUGUUGACCUGGGAGUAGCGGCUACAAACAUUCCUCAAAAUGUUUUCGCUGUUGUAGAUUUGUACGGAAGAUGCGUUGAGAUAUCAAUUUAUAAGCCAUAUAAUCGCUUAUCGGGUACAUCUGCAGCAGACUCGCGGACUGUUCCAUCAACUGCCUCAGUUUGUUUCCAUCCUCAUUGUGGAUCAUUAAUAAGACUCUCCAACAAUAACAGAACAGCUGAACGUCAGCGACCAACAGAAGAAUUCAAAAAUGCUGUGACACUUACAAAUGUACCUUUACGAAAUGAUGAACUGUUUGAAGUCGAAAUAGAAUGUGUAACAGAGUUAUGGGCAGGUUCUAUAGAAGUGGGUGUCACAAGUCACAAUCCAGAUGACAUUGUAUUACCGCCGACCAUGACAAGUAUGCCAACGGGGACAUGGAUGCUUAGUGGAACGUCAAUCAUUGUCAACGGCAAGGAAGCACGGAGGGAGUACUCAAGCAUCAACCUAGAAACACUCCAGGCUGGAGACAAGAUUGGAAUACUGAAAACGAGUACUGGAUCUCUUCAUUUCUUUAUUAAUGAGCAAGAUCAGGGGGAAGCAGUUAGUAAUCUCCCUGCGUAUGUUUAUGGUGCUGUUGAUAUUUAUGGUGCAGCAGUGAAGGUUUCGAUAAUAUCAGGCUCUCCAGUACAAGAGCAAGAAAUCGAACCAUCUAAUAAUGAAAAUACAGUCAAUUACUCUGGAAAUGCACUUGUCUUUCAUCCACGGUGUGGGGUGUCAGUUUCCUUAUUUAAUGGAUAUCGUAGUGCACACAGACCUCGAGCCAAUGAAGAAUUUAACAAUGCUGUUGUUCUAACAAGUCGACAUCUAGAUGCUAAUGAACUUCUUGAAGUGCGUGUCGACACGCAUUUGACAAAAUGGGCAGGAUCGCUAGAGAUUGGUGUCACCACCCAUGAUCCUGAAACAUUAGAGUUUCCAUCAACGAUGACAAAUGUACAACCACCUGGCACGUGGAUGAUGUCAGGGGGGAGUGUAGUGUGUGAUGGUGUGACUAGCAUUGAAGAGUAUGGACCAACACUGGAUGAAAUCAAGGUCGGUGACACAGUCGGUGUGAUGCGUAAGGAUGAUGGUUCAUUGCAUUUCUUUGUGAACAGCAGAGAUCUUGGUUGUGCAGCACAGGGUGUCCCAGCUAACGUGUAUGGUGUGGUUGACCUGUUUGGUCAAUGUGCUCAAGUCACUAUUAUUUCAGGGUCAGGGAUACAAGAAAAUGGAGAAGUUCCCAGAACCAAUUCUCAACUGAAUAUGAAUUCACAUGACAGUGCAGAACAAGAACAGCAGCCCAUGGAAUGUUCUUUAUCAACCCCAUCUCAGGAAGUUACUCCCACUACAAAUGACAACUUUUUUAAGUUCAGUUCUUUUCAUGGUGGUCAAGUAGCUGUAAGUCACAACUCCUGCAGUGCUGUUCGCAUCAAUCCUUUGUGUGAAUUUAAUGAUGCUAUUGUAAUGAGCCACAGGCCUCUGAGAGAUGACGAGCUCUUUGAAGUGAUUGUGGAGAAACUUGUCAGUCGCUGGUCUGGUUCAAUGGAAGCUGGAGUAACAACAGUCCCCCCUGAUCAGCUGCAGUUCCCGAGCACCAUGACUGAUCUUAUAAGUGGAGCAUGGAUGGUGUCUGGGACCUCUGUGCUGCAGAAUGGUGCCACAACCAAAAACGGGUAUGCCUGUGACUUGGACAAGUUAGAGGAAGGAUCCCGUCUUGGAAUAAUGCGUAAAUCAGGAGGAUCAUUGCAUUUCUUUGUCAAUGGAGAGGACUGUGGUGCAGCUGCUACAAGUGUGCCAUCAGGAAUCUAUGCCAUGAUUGACUUGUAUGGCCAGUGUGUUCAGAUUUCUAUUCAUGAUGAUGAUUACAGAGGAUCUCAAGUCAUGCCAGUUCCUGGUGAACAGACGGCAACUGAGCCUAUCCCUGUGACAGUGCAAGAAGCAGCUAGUAAAGUUAAAUGUGGCUUCCACUCCUGCUGUGGAAGAAACAUUCGUCUUGUGAACAACAAAAUGACUGCCUCAAGGUCUACAGGGUUCAAUCAUGGUCUUGUGUUCAGUGCAAAACCAUUGGAAGAAGACGAAAUAUUUGAGAUUGUUAUAGACAGAGUCAAUGGUAAUCAGUGGUCUGGUUCGAUUGCGGUGGGUAUCACAACUAAAACCAUUCCACUGUUGGCUGUACCUGCCUCUGCACUGGAGCUGCGAGAUGGAACAUGGCUGAUGACUGGCUCCUGUGUCAUGAAAGACGCUGUGAUAAUUAAAGAAAACUAUGGACACAGUUUGGAUCGAUUACAGGCCAAGACGAGAAUCGGAGUACAGAGACAAAGAGAUGGUACUUUUCACGUGUUUGUUAAUGGCGAGGACCAAGGAGUCGCAGCUAUGGACAUCCCUCAAAUUGUUCAUGCAGUUGUGGAUGUAUAUGGCAUGGCAAAUGUCAUCUCCAUAUCAAGCCCUUCAGCUGAUGCUUGUUCUUCUGCCGGAGUAUUGAUGAAUGGAGAAUCACAGUCGUCAGUUUCCCCAGUCAUUGAGAUACAAGAUCAGGAUGAAGAAGAUGCAAGGGAAUCCAUCGCUAAUUUACAAAAAUUUAUUUUCCAUAAAAACUGUGGUCAGUUUAUUUCACUGGAUAGUAACCGUACAACCGCAAGAAGAGUGGAUAGUUACAAUCAUGGAGUGGUGUUGAGUGAGACGCCUCUUCCGGAUAACCACUUGUUUCAGGUAUGUAUCAGAAAGUUGAACAGCCGCUGGACGGGGUCUGUUAUGAUCGGCGUCACAGCCCAGGACCCAGACUCCUUGACUAGCCUUCCCAGCACGGCCAACAGCAUCAAGAUAUGUCCUUGGAUUGUUGUCAAUAACGCGGUUUAUGUGAAUGGAAACAAGGUAAACGAUAAUUUGCGGCGAAGUCUUGACAGUCUUCAAGAAGGAGACACGCUAGGAGUCUUGAUUGACAAGAAAAGCCGGUUACACCUGCUUAUUAACGGAGAAGACCUGGGACCUAUUGCCCAGGCCAUCCCAGCCAGACGGUUUGCAGUGCUUGACUUAUACGGAUGCUGUGAGGAAGUGUCUAUUGUGACUGCUGAUCAUAGUGAACGAGGGCGCGUAUGCAUGGAAGAAACAAAGGCAGAGAGAAGCUCGGGGGAGCAUAGUAAAGGACCUUGUGAUUACAGACAGCUCUGUGACAGAUUCCGUGCCAGUCUCGCCAUUCCAGAUGAAUAUUUCAAUACGGACUGCAAGUUCAAUGUAUGUUACUGUCAAGCCUGCCACGAAGCCCGCGGUGAAAAAAGGUAUGCUGUCAGCGGUGAUCCACCAUGUCGGUAUGCGCUGCCAUUAGGAUGGUGUCAGUUUGCGCUAAGAAUUCCCCCGAGGGUUGAAAGCUAUCAUGUGUUCGACAAAUGGCACGUGGCAUUUUACGGCACUCUGAUUGGACGGUUGAGAAGAAUACUUGAUCUAGGUGAUAUACCACUGCAAGUCUGUAGCGGUCAGCAGAGGAGUGGUGCAUCCAACAAAGAAAAUGAAGUCCCUCAGCUUUGUGUGUCACCUACAAUCCUGUGCGCGUGUGAAACACAGACCAAAAGACAAGAGUAUAGGGAUGGUACAACGGGAAAACUCUAUCAAGCUCAAGUCGCUCUACAGUUGCGCGUGAAGCCUGGGUUCUACAGAGCGGGUCGCAGUCACCGCGAAGUGGACGCGAACGAGUUGCUUGAUCAAAAUAUUGGUACGGAAAAUCUGGAAUGGUAUCUGGCGAACCAAGGUUUAGUCGUGCUGACAGCUUUACUCAUUAAAAUCGAACCUACAUAAUUUAAACGAGAGGAUAUCUAGAACAAAACUGCAACGCGUAGUAAUUGUAAAUUUAUCAAGAAUGCUGCAAAUUGAAGGUGUAAAUUUAAUAUGCGUUCAAAGUUCAAUCUGGAAAUAGGUCUUAUUUAAACUGUUAGUGUUGACAAAAUUCGUGGGCAAAUAGAAAAAUGCUCGGAGUUAACACGUUGCUCAGUUCACUCACAUGACAAUAGUCAGAUGUUUAUUUUUUAAGAAAAGUAUCUUGAGAAAAGUAUCUUAAUUGACCCACAUGUUGGAGAUAAAAUUCAAUCUCAUAACUCCCCUUCGACCUACAAGUGGGUUAUAUUUUUUGGUCUUCAUUAUAAUUUAUUGAAAUUCGAGCUCCCGGUUGAAUUGUGCUUGAUUUCUCUUCUUUCAGAGAUUUCUAGACACAAACUCCGGUGGCGAUAUCUGUAUAGAGACCCAACCCAGGUCAAGGCUUCCCUAUGAUAGUUAGCUCUCUCUCUCCCUUCCCCACCNCCCCCCGCCCCGCCCAAUUUAGCCCUGAAAAUAAAGCCACGAAAAAGUUGCGCAGGAUGCCGUUGAUGUCUAUGUUUUGCUAAAUUUGUGUUAGCCGAGUCAUUGACAGCAAAAAGGUUUUAAUUUCCCUAAAAAGGAACGAUAGUGACAAAAAAUUGAUGGAAGCUAAUUAGCUCAAUGCCACUGUCUUCAAAGUAUUUUUGUGGAACCAAAGUAAUUAUAUUUUAAUUUGUUAUUCUCCAACUUAAAUUAUGUAAGUGAAGGAGCUGUUUGGAGGUUUCCUAGCAAAAAGCAACAUUAGAUAAGAUUACCAUUCUCUUAAAGAGAUUUACCACAAUUUACAGAUGGGAAGGAAAGCAAAUGAUUUGUUCAAAGUAAGCUUUGAAAACCGGAAUUUUAUGAUUGAAUCUCAGUUUUUGCCAGAAGAAAAAAGAAAAGGAAAAUAAAAAUACAAAAUUCGCAACUGCA